AUGCGCGCUUCGAUCACCGCUGCCACGGCCCUCCUCGCCGCCAUGGUCUCCGCCCAUGGAAACAUCACCUCUCCUCCCGCGCGAGUCCCUGGACCGGCGAUGAUCAAGGCCUGUGGACAGGAGAACGUCAACACCGUGUUGUCUGACCCGACCAUCCCCUUGGAGGACUUCACUAGCCCUCCGGCAACAUGCCAGCUGGAUCUCUGCCGUGGUGCCACAUUCGAGGACAACAAGGCCAAUGUUCAGACAUUCAAGGCCGGUCAGGUUGUGAACAUGCGCGCAGCGCUGCCCAUCCCUCACGAGGGCCCGAUGAACGUUUCGAUCGUCGACACGAAGACCAACAAGGUCAUCGGAGAACCUUUGAUCGUCUUCGACACCUACGCCGAUGAGAAGCUUGCCCAACUGCCCGCAAACAACACCAACUUCGACGUCACGAUGCCCAGCAACCUGCCCGCUGGAACAUGCGCUCAGGCCGGCCAGUGUGUCAUGCAAUGGUUCUGGUUCGGUACCAGCGCUAAGCAGACUUACGAGAGCUGCGUUGACUUCGUCAUGGCUUAA